GGCCUAAGCUUUUCCCAUAAACUCCAGGAGUUUUCUCCAUAAAUUCCAGGAGUUUUCUCUCCACUCCUUUUCAUUCCCUUCCCUCCUCCCCAUCACAGGAAACUAUAAUCACCAAAAUGUGCCCCUCCGACCGUCAUCUUCCCCGCAACUCCGCCGCUAAAUCGACGACAAUCUGGCCGGCCUUCGACGUCCUGGAUGCCGAUCGGGACGGCCGAAUCAGCCACGGCGAUCUCCACGCCUUCUUCACUCGCUUUACCGCCGCUGCCGCCUCCGAUGAUGACAUUGCCGCCAUGAUCUCCGUCGCCGACGCGGAUCGCAACGGAUUUGUCGAGUUCGAGGAAUUUGAGCGCGUUCUCCCCGUAGCCGGCGGGGGGAUCAUGGAGGAGGCCUUCCGAUUGAUGGAUCGCGAUGGAGACGGAAGGGUGGGGUUCGAAGACCUAAAAGCGUAUUUGGCGUGGGUUGGGAUGCCCGCCGAUGAUGAGGACGUGCGAGAGAUGAUCCGUUCAGGGGGAUGCGAAGAAUCCACCGGUGUUGGAUUCAAUGAUCUUCUACGGAUCCUUGCCGUUGAUUACGACGAUAGGGUUUGCUGAGGACUUGAGGUCGGCGGGUAAAGUAAUCUGACAUUUGGUUUCCUUGGCAUUAUUACUGUCUUUUUGAGCACGCUGUUCUUCCUGCAAUUCUGGGAUUCUUCAGGAUUGACGGUGUUAAUGAAAUGCAUUUAGUGUUUUGAUCGAGAUUAAGAAAAUGACUUCGCGGUCGACGGA